AUGCGUAGAAUUUAUAAACCUCCUGAAGGAUUGGAUUUCAUUCCAACUGUUUCUUUCUUUAAGCUCUUGUUAAUUUUGUUGUUUAAUAAAGACCAACAGUAUGAAAUUCAAAAACUUAUUUAUAAAUCGGAUCCCGAUAAAAUUGGUUUAGUAAAAGUUUUUAUGGGUUGGGGUUGGUUAUUUCUUAUAACCGACAUUGAACAUGCUAAAGUGUUCUUCUCUGAAAGUGCAUAUUCUCUUCCGAAAGGCGAAUUACCUGAAAACCAUCCAACAAAACUUUUCUUUGGAAAAGGGGUAGCAAUGUCGAAUGGAGAUCGCUGGUUACGACAACGAAAAAUUGCAACUCCCGCGUUUAAUCGUGCACUUCGUCCUGAAAUGGUUUACGAAUGCGCUAAUGACUUUAUAACUUUAUUAAACAAAUGGACGGGUACUCCGAUAGAUGCGUUCUCAUUAAUGCAACGCGUCACUAUUCAAGUUUUAGGAAAAUUGGCUUUCGAAUAUGACAUGAAAGCAUUAGAGAGCUUAGAGGAACAACCAUAUUUUUUAAAAUCAUAUAGCAAAAUUGUUCACAAUCUUGCGCAACCUAUUCCAAUACUAUUCCCAUUUUGGACUAAACUUCCUCUUAAAAACAAUUUUGAACAAGCUUUAUUAAUUAAAGAGUUUGACAAAUUUCUAUUUAAAAUGAUUGAUCAACGAA